CUUCAAGUAACAUUAAGGACCUAAAUGAUGAACGAAAUAAGCAUUGUUUCACUCAGUCAACUCCUCAACAACAUCCAUCUAUCGCAAUCCCACAUUGACGAAGCUGCCAGAUUCUACAUUAGACACAGCAAUGAUCAGAAGUCUCAGCAAUCUUUAUGUGAAGAGUGGUGCAAUCACUUCCAUUUUGCCAAAGGAAAUGUGGAUGGAGAUAAAGUAAUCAUCUCAUUACUUCACAUGGCACAAAGAGUAAUUGAAUCUGUCAUUAGAUUUGAGGGAGCAUGUAUUCACUAAACAUUAUUCCUUUAUUAGAUGCUACUAUGAGGGAUGCUUUCAAGAAACAAAUUAUCAAGGCUUUCACAUUACUGAAGGAUCACAAUUCCUCCUAGGACUUGAAACAAUAAAUCAAGGAUCUUCUUAAGCAGUGGGAGGAAAAACAGAUCUUCUCCAAAUCAGACAUUUCCAUUAUGGUUGAAACCAUUGAUCCAAAUAGAGUUAGCAAAGACAAAAUCAAAACACAAUUUGCGCCACCUCAUUAUUUGAUCAAUUAUGCCAAAAAUUAUAAGGUAAAUUUAAAUCACAACUAAUUUCUUAAGGAUUUACAAAUUCGAUUACAAAAGAUGUAGGAGUAUGAGACCAAACUGGAUGACCUAAUUAAUAAUGGAGCCCAAGAUAGAGUCAAUCUCUAUGAUCAACUAUUGGAUCAAUAUACCAAGUCUGUUGAAAGUGUUUAAAAAUAUAGACAGCUAGUCAUCAAGGACAUCAUAGAUGAAUUGAAAGAACUAGACAAAAUACAUUCUAAAAGCAUUAUCGAUUUGAAAUAUAUUGCAUAGAGAGUAAAUAAUUUGAAGGCAAAGAAAGAAAAAAGAAUUUAAAAUGAAUAUUAUAAUGAUUAAUGA